UCUCAAGACUCAAUUUUGAUUGAACCUCAACAACAACCGGCCAGUCCUUCUUCGGUCAACUCUUUCUAUUUUGAUGAUGGUAUGCUUGACCAACUUGACGAUGUCCAAGAAGAGGAGGAACAUGACGAAACCUUUGACGAAGGCAAGUUCGACGAUCCAUCAUAUCUGAAGAGGCCCAAUCAACCAGCUCACCUUCACGAAUCUCCCGCCACCUCGUCAAACCGUGCUUCUCCAGGAGCUCCUGUUCACAAUGUUAAUGGUUAUCCAUUCCUCAUUCAAAACCCCGGAACCGGUCAUUUUUCUGCUGAUUCGCCUUUUUCUGAAGGCUCUUCUCAACCCGGUGAUCACCAACUUGAUUCACAAGAGGACGCAGCACGACACGACUCUCAACAAGGGCCACCUGGGUGUCAGAACCUUGCUGCAUAUCACAAUGCUUUAGCAGAGGCGGCACACCGGGCUGCUGCUGAUGGCAAAUUUACGAGACAAAACAGCAUCGCUGCCUCUGACUCUGUCUAUUCUGAAGAUCACGAUGAGCAGGUCGAGAAUAACGAUUCUCGUCAAAUGCAAUAUCCACAACAGAUGUCUAUGCCCAUGCCCGCACCCAUGCAGAUGCAAAUGCCGAUGCAAAUACCUCCUCAAUCCCAGAUGUCUCUUCAGUCGCAAAUGCAGAUGCAGCAACAGUUACAGCAACAAUUUCAAUUGCAACAACAGAUGCAAAUGCAGAUGCAAAUGCAAAUGCAGCCUCAGAUGCGUCAGAGCUACAUGUCGGGCUCAAGUCAUGUUUCUCGUGGCUCCUAUUCAGCCUUCGACUUUGGCUUCAGCGAUGGUGCAACCAUCGAGGACACUUUCUCGUCUCCAGAAUUUCCAAAUGACGAUUUUGCUUUCGACGACUCUGAUCUGAUCUCCGCUGCAAACUCGGAAGCACUUGCCAAUGAUGACGAGGGCUUUUAUAGCCAGGAAUUUGGAUUUUAUGCUAGAGCACGUCCAGGAGGCGAUCCUGACACUGUUGAAGCCAUCAAUGGUGGCUACUUCGGUGCACCCGGCAUCGAGAUAGUACGACAAAAGAGUGUCAAAGAGCCAAAUCUGACUCCCAUUACCGAACGCAGUGAGUUCAGUACACGAAACUCAUAUAUUGGUCCCUUCAGCCCUCUUGCCGCCGCUCUCCCUUCGCCCGGCUUCCCGCCCUCUCACAUGGCAGCAGCACGCAUGAGUCCUCUUGCCUGGCAACAUCUACAAGAAGAUGAAAUGACCUUGGCCGAUCUUCGAAGACUCAAGCAAGGCGCAUUCGGUAGCAGCAGCAACAGUGUCAAUUCGCAAUCCUCGUCCUUUGGCAUUCCAGCGCCCUACAGUCCCACUACUGCUGCACAAAAUAUGCCUGGUGGCUAUUUUAUGCCACGCGCUGGCUACGGCGGUGUUCCCAUGGCAUGGCAGCGUAGUAGUGACAGCAACUCGAACUACAACCCCUCCAAUCAUUCCUCCAGUCCGGCGCCCACCUCUCCUGUCCAUGUGUCCAUUCCCACCGGCAUGAACUACAGUCAGACCCCACACUCGCCUUUACAACCACCGCAUGCCUUCUUUGUCCCAGACAAUGUUUCAACUCCCAAGAAGAGUUCUCCGACUCUACACGAAUUGCCAGGAACACCAGUUACAGCAAAAAAGCCUUCAGCAAAGGACGUGGCCGCUGCCUCUGAACGACAGCCAUAUCAAGCACAUUCGAGAUCUGGUAGUGGUGCAGACAACAUCACUUAUGUUCGUGAAGAAGACUCUACAGGUGGCAAGCGUUGGGUUCUUGAAAGACGACGUACAAGCGAAGCAGGUCUACUCGAGCUUAUUGGUAGAGAGGUCGUCGAGGGUGGCCGCAUUUGAUCCAGGUCUUGAUAUUUCACUUCUCUUCCUGCCACAUUGAUGGCAUAUGGUGGC